AUGGGAAAUACUUCAUCUAAAGACGAAUUGAAUCUCGGCAACGAAAUUGGUAGAGGAACGUAUGCUAAUGUCUACCGGGCAGUCUGGAGAAAUAGAGGGGUGGCCGCCAAGAAAUUUCACUCGUACAUUUUGAACAAGCCCGAAGCAAAGAAAUACACCGAAGAAUGGAGAAUACUAAGAGAACUAGAUCACCCAAAUAUUGUGAAAUAUUUAGCUGUUGUUUUACCUGAGAAGUGGCCGAAAUCGCGAGAUGAGUCCAUAAUUAUCAUCACAGAGCUACUGCAUCAAGAUUUACGAACAUUCAUCGAGAAUUCCAAUGCAAAACCCGGAAAACCUAAGGUUUCCUUCCGCGAUACCGUCAGCAUCAUGCUUGAUGUUGCCGAAGGACUGAACUAUCUUCACGAAAGGUCAAUUGUACACCGCGAUCUCGCCUGCAAAAACAUUCUAUUAACUUCAACGAAGCAGGCAAAGAUUGCUGAUUUUGGAUUCGCCAAAUAUUUUCCGGACGGGCACACGGCUGCCACCGCUAAUCCUGGGACGCUAGCGACUCGUGCUCCAGAGACGUUUGGAAGGUUUUUCUUCAGCAGGAGGCCGAUUAAUUAUGGAACUAAAGCAGACAUAUUUUCUUUUGGUGUGGUGAUGUUGGAAGUUAUAGUUGGGCAUCCUUCAACAAGAAUAGCGGAACUACGCACCGAAGGUAAAAGACUUUGUUGUCACUGAAUUAAUUGUAUUGACACAAACUACAAUUCAGUUUUCAUUGUUGUUUAUUUUGAUUUCACGAAAAACCUCAAAUGAUGUUUGAUGCAACACACAGCCUCCUCUAACCAUACUGGAUUGAGUCAAUCUUCGCGAUUUUUGGAGACCGUCGAUAAAACCCGGAACACGGAACAUUCCGCAACAUUCCGGAACAUGCCGGAACAUUCCGGAACAUCCCGGAACAUGAAAAAAUAAAAAUAAUUUUUAUGAAAAAAAAACAACAAAAAAAUAAUAAUAAUAAAAUAAUUUUUGUAAAAAUUAAUAAUAUCGUAAAAUAACAAAAAAAAACACGAAAAAUAAUGAAAUAAUCAAGAAAAAGAAACUGGUAUCCUCUCUGAGUAUGAGAAAACAAUAUUUUGUCGCAACAAAUUAAAAUUUGUUGGGCGAGUGAGAGUUCAUGCAAAUGACAGUAAUGAGUGAAGGCUUGCUUCUAAAUUCAAAAUNUUUGGAUUCGCCAAAUAUUUUCCGGACGGGCACACGGCUGCCACCGCUAAUCCUGGGACGCUAGCGACUCGUGCUCCAGAGACGUUUGGAAGGUUUUUCUUCAGCAGGAGGCCGAUUAAUUAUGGAACUAAAGCAGACAUAUUUUCUUUUGGUGUGGUGAUGUUGGAAGUUAUAGUUGGGCAUCCUUCAACAAGAAUAGCGGAACUACGCACCGAAGGUAAAAGACUUUGUUGUCACUGAAUUAAUUGUAUUGACACAAACUACAAUUCAGUUUUCAUUGUUGUUUAUUUUGAUUUCACGAAAAACCUCAAAUGAUGUUUGAUGCAACACACAGCCUCCUCUAACCAUACUGGAUUGAGUCAAUCUUCGCGAUUUUUGGAGACCGUCGAUAAAACCCGGAACACGGAACAUUCCGCAACAUUCCGGAACAUGCCGGAACAUUCCGGAACAUCCCGGAACAUGAAAAAAUAAAAAUAAUUUUUAUGAAAAAAAAACAACAAAAAAAUAAUAAUAAUAAAAUAAUUUUUGUAAAAAUUAAUAAUAUCGUAAAAUAACAAAAAAAAACACGAAAAAUAAUGAAAUAAUCAAGAAAAAGAAACUGGUAUCCUCUCUGAGUAUGAGAAAACAAUAUUUUGUCGCAACAAAUUAAAAUUUGUUGGGCGAGUGAGAGUUCAUGCAAAUGACAGUAAUGAGUGAAGGCUUGCUUCUAAAUUCAAAAUUUAUUAAAAUGGGUCGCGAGGAGGGGGGUUUUCAAGCUUUCCUCACACAGCCACCUCGUGUAGUUGUUUGCCAUAAGUUAAUCAUUUGGCAGUUAACCAUUUACGGUUCUGCAAUGGUAUGAAAUGUCGGUGCAGUAUUUCAUGUCGAUCCAAGUCGGUAAGUAGCUCAUUUCAAGCCGACAUAUAGUCUCCUUAUAUAUAUUGACUAACAUUUGCUUACUUGGGGUGCUUUGCUUCACUUGAGGUUGACAUGAAUUACUUACAGACUAGGCGGCUCUGUGAACUUAAGAAGAGUAUAGGGGUUCCUGUCUUUGGAUUUUAGUGGACAACACUCACAUUCGUAGUAGUUUCUAUACUGUUUACAGUCAGCAUGAUAUUUCAGACAUCUCCGCAAGUCGCAGGAGGAGUUUGCCGGGAGACGGCUAAAAUUCAGGCUAACUGUUAGAAACUACCCGCUGCGCUACCACUGCCACUCCAACGUGAAUCUUUAAUUUAAUUAUCCAAGUCCAAAGGGACGAGCCCCUAAGCUCUUCUUACGGUCGCAAAGCUGUAAAUGGAUAACCGUUAAACCGCGUGGCAAACAUUUACAAGAGGUGGCUGUGUGAGGAAAGCUUGAAAACCCCCUCCCCACGACCCAUUUUAAUAUAUUCUGAAUUUAGAAGCAAGCCUUCACUCAUUUCUGUCAUUUGAAUGGACCCUCACUCGCCCAAAAAAUUCAUUGCGACAAAAUAUUGUUUUUUCAUACUUGGAGAUGAUACCAGUUUCUUUUUCUUUCUUUCUUUGUUUGUUUGUUUGUUUUUCGUUUUUAUGUUAUGUUAUGUAAUUAAUUUGGUUAUUAUAAAUUUUUGCAAAAAUUGUUUUCUAUCUAUUGUUCUUUUUAUUAUUAUUAUUAUUAUUAUUGUUAUUAUUAUUAAUUAAUUAAUUAAUUAUUUUUUCAGAAAAAAAAUAUUUUAAUUUUUUCAUGUUCCGGGAUGUUCCGGAAUGUUCCGGGAUGUUCCAUGUUCCGGGUUUUAUCGACGCCCAUUUUUGGAUCGUUCGAAGGCUCGUCACGCAAUUGUGUGUUCUGACAAGAAAUCAGUAUUGUUUACGUGCAAUCAACCGUCAAGAGCCAUUUUGGUGCAGUAGACUCUCGCUCAUUCGCGGGGCUCUGUCGGUCAAAAAAGUCAACUUCUAGGCAAUUCUAUGUGUGCAGUAGAACCGGAUAUUACUAAAAUGGGGAACGCAGAACGAGCACGGAGUAAGGGAAAAUGAGAAGUGGGAACAAAGCAAAGGCCUAGUAUCAGGAACUUCAUAACCCCUCUCUCUACUUUGCUUUUAUUUUUCUAUUUCCUGUUUUGCGUUUUCCUUUCCCCAUUUCCCUUCUCCAUUAUUAUUUGCCCGCUCGAUCACCGUAAACUACUACUUAUAAGACUAGCCCUUAUACAUCUACCUAAGGGUUGUUAAAACCUGGCUUUUAUCCGAGGGGGCUUAUAUCAGUGGAAGAUAAUAACCAGAAUGGAAAAAGUGCUUUGAAACAAGCUAUAGCAGUGCUGAUUGGCGAAAUGCGUUUUGCGUUUACUGCUGGUUUUAAGUUUAAGCUUCAAAACGUCAUGAUAAAUUGAAUUCAUUUAAACAAGCAAGAGGUGGGGCUUAUGUCCAGGGGCUUAGAAUUGGAUGUACUUUUUGUGUAAAGGAAGAGGGUCCUAUAAGGAACCGGUCAUUAUUUAUCGCCGGGGGGGGGGGGGGGGGGGGGGAUUUGGGGGGGGAACCCGUGUUUUUUGGGGUAACAAAAGGGGGGCGAGUAAAAACCACGUGGAAACAAAAGGGGGGGAUUGCUGAAAAUUUGGGAGAGUAACAGGGGGGGAACACAAAAAGUGGGUGUGGAAAAGAGAACACGCAGGGGGAUGGUGGCGAGCGAAUGUGGUGGGGGUUGCGGUGUAUUGGAUGGUAUGUGUGAGAGAAGGAGAGAGUGAAUGGUGGCUGAGUAAUGAAAGGGUUGGUGUGAGCGGGGGUGUGUGUUGAAGUGGUGGGGAGGGGUCGGGGGGGGAAACCACUCAAAUGUGCUUGGAAAAUGAAGACAUCGCGGGGAUUGGGGGAAAGUUUCAAAUGUUGUAUUAGGGGGUAUCACUUCAGUGAAGUAACAUCCAAGGAAGCAAUUGGCUAAAUUUCACCUUGUUUAGCCCCAAAUCGUCCGUCCCCCCCCCCCUUAGGCGAUAAAUAAUGACUGGUCCCUAAAUGGGGGGGCCUUAUCCCUGAGAAAAAUAAAGUAGAGUAAGGGAUAAGACUUUUUAAGAGCUCUUUACCUUGUCGGUCAUAUAACUUGUCGGCCAUCUUUAUUUUGAAAAAGUAUAAUAUAUAAAACUGCAAGCGAAGUCAGCCGUGGAUCGAAGGCCUUUUUCCACAGGAGUGAUUUUUCUAAUAGUUGGGCUUAUAUGUUCAUGGCGGUUAAAAGUAAAUAAUUUUUUUCUUUGUUUUGUUUUGUUGCCUUUAGACGGGAAAAUAGUCCCUGAGUACAUGCGGCGGAGCGAGGACCUACAUGAAAUAGACAUUACGCACCCUUUGCGGUUGCUCGUAUGGCAGUGUCUCGAGGAUGACCCUAAGGUCCGUCCCACAGCCUCUCAGUUGGCGAAGGAACUGAUGGAGCACAAAAACAACAAUGAAUUUCAAAGAUCGCAGGACAGCAUCAAUCGCACACAUAUUAUUCAUCGCAUGCCUGGUGGGAACUAUGACUACGAGUUCAAAAUUGUGGUGGUGGGAGAUGCUGCAGUAGGGAAGACCAGCAUCAUCACAAGUUUUGUCCGACCUGGUCUUGACUUUCAAGAGAGAAGACCAGUGACUCUUAAUAUUGGAGAAUUCAACGAGCGAGUUCAACUUAAAGGCAAGACAGUUUUCCUUCAGAUAGUGGACACACCGGGGCAAUUGAACGUUACAAGCACCUUUCCACAGUUCUAUCGUGGUGCCCAUGGUGCGGCUGUUGUGUUUGAUAUUGCAUCGUGGGAUUCCUUGAGGAGUGUUGCUCAGUGGGUGUCUAUGGUGCAUAAGAAGUGUGACAGAGACAUUCCUAUUAUCCUUGUAGGAAACAAAAUGGACUGUGAACAAAGGGUGGUCGAUGCUGAAACUGUAAAGGAGCAGUUCAACUUGUUUUACAUCGAGGUUAGUGCGAAAACUGGAGAAAAUAUCGAAGAGAUGUUUUCUGUGCUGACAGAGCAGUUGAUGGAGCAGAAAGACUUGCGGAUUUCCGCUGCUUCGGCCUCUGUCGUCAUUGAACAUCAGUUAUCUUCUUCUUCAUGGUGUCCUGGACCUCCUGCCAAGUUCACUUCAAAAGAGCCAUGCCAGCGAAUGAAAAUCAAGAAUGAUCCAGACAGUAUCAGCUUGAUAUCUAGUCAUGUAGACAAUUCGUUAACAAGAAAUCCAGCUGGCAGAAACAGAAAGUUAUGCUGUUUUUGACUUGUAAGAGUACAGCCCUUACACUUGAUUAAGCCUGGAAAUGUUAUGGGAGACUAUUGCCAACUAUAAAGCACCAGACAGAGUUGGCUUGUAAUCAGUGGAAAGCUUUACAUGACGGUGGCUGCAUUGUCAUCAAGACAUGUACAAUCCUUUAGUUUGUUCCAAUGCCCGCCCUGUUUCUGUACAAUUCGACAGUUACAUAUUUUCUAAGAGUAAUUUUGAGGCAUUUUUCAAGUUAUUUGUUGUUCUAGUAUGGUAAAUGGCCGUAUUUUCCUUUUGUUUAAUAUUCUUUGCCCUUCUCUACACAAUCUG